UGGGAGGUUGGAGGAAGUGGUAGUGUCUCAACCCUGAUAAGCUGAGUAAUUUGAGACCGGAGGGGUGAGGGGUAAGGUAUUGUGUGAAGUCAGGGCAAAGGACAGCAGAGCAGAGAGGAACUUGUCUGCCGGUGCAAGAUCUAAAAUGAAGAAUCUCGUUGUUCUCUUGAGCAUUUUGCCAUGUAUAACUAUGAAGACCCUCUCAAGCCCCCUCAAAGACAAUGCUCCCUCUCUUCGCUUUGCUGUGAUUGGUGACUGGGGUGGACUGCCCCUCCCCCCUUACACCACCAAGCAAGAACUUCUGGUUGCAGCCGAGCUUGAUAAUAUCGUAUCCAAGUGGGGUGCCGACUUUAUUGUGUCUGUGGGUGACAACUUCUAUUAUGAUGGCGUGACGGACGUGAACGACUUUAGAUUUCAGAAAACAUUUGAGAAUGUGUUUGCUGGGGAGUCGCUGCUCAAUGUCCCGUGGUACGUUAUCGCCGGUAAUCACGACCACAAUGGAAAUGUCACAGCUCAGAUUGCCUACAGCAAGGUGUCCUCUCGCUGGAAAUAUCCUGAUUUGUACUAUGACCUGUCCUUCGAGAUCCCAGGCACCAAUGUGUCUCUGAGACUUCUCAUGUUGGACACCAUUGUCUUGUGCGGCAACUCCGAUGACUUUCUAGAGGCGCAGCCAUUGGGAGCAGCAAACUCGAAGUUGGCAGAUGAACAAUUAGAAUGGCUGAUAGAGAAACUGCGGACCUCCAAGGAUGAAUACUUGCUAGUGGCCGGGCAUUAUCCCGUGUGGUCAAUAGCCGAGCAUGGGACCACCGACUGCCUCGUCGACUACGUUGAGCCUUUGCUGAAGAAGUACCGAGUGACCGCUUAUCUAAGUGGACAUGAUCACAAUGUGCAGUACCUGCAGGAUGACAGCGGCAUUGGAUAUGUGCUGAGCGGAGCAGGGAACUUUAUGGAAAACUCCCGCAAACAUGAGGACAAAGUUCCCCCAGGCUACUUGCGUUUUUUUGAAGGUGAUCUGGAGACCAUGGGAAGCUUUGUGUAUAUGCAGGCGACACCUAAAGAACUGAACAUCACAUACAUACAGUCAGGGGGCAGAAGUCUAUUCCGGACGACCCUCUAUCCACGAGGUCUGUAGGCUCCUCUGCCGUGCCUGCACUUCAUAACUGGCAGGUCCAGGUCCGCGAUGGAACAAGCUGCUGAUUUUAAAUUUUCCACCACUUGAAGUGAACAAAUUGCUACUGUAUUUGUUCCAGUUUUAUCGUCUAGCGUUGGUUUUAAAAUUUUAGUACCUCUCGGAAUCCAUCCUCCUUCCCUAUACAGCUGGGUUGCAGACAUAUUGAAGGGCUGGUCUCUAGUGUUGUCCAACCUGUUGCAAAACUACAGCUCUCAGCAUGCCCUGAUGGGCUGUGGCUAUCUUAGCACGCCAGGAGUUGUAGUUUGACCACAGGUUUGAGACCACUAGGCUAGAUCUGCACUCGAAACAUCACUAAUGUGUGUGAAAAUUAAAGUUACAGUACGACAUUUUCUAAUCAAUACCAAGUUAUUCUGCAAUCUGUAGGAGAA